UUUGAGCAGUCUGCAGGGGGGUUUUCUUCCUUACAGCUAGGUGCCCUGUUGAGCAAGAGGAAUCCGUUUCCAUUCAGUUCUUCCCGUUGUACCCGUGAGGAGGUGACCAUUUUGUUUUCGUUACUACAAAAUAAAAAUCGCACUCAAGGAAGUGUGAAGGGAGACCUACGCCCCAUCUUCCCGUAGUAAAGAUGGCGGCGCCCUGCAUGUAAACGACAGGUAAAAUCACUUCCGCGUUUUUCCUGCGCCCUCGUCCAAGAUGGCGGACGAGGCCACCCGGCGUGUCGUGUCUGAGAUCCCGGUGCUGAAGACUAACGCCGGACCUCGAGACCGGGAGUUGUGGGUGCAGCGACUCAAGGAGGAAUAUCAGUCUCUUAUCCGGUAUGUGGAGAACAACAAGAACGCAGAUACUGAUUGGUUCCGACUGGAGUCCAACAAGGAAGGGACUCGGUGGUUUGGAAAGUGCUGGUACAUCCACGACCUCCUCAAAUAUGAGUUUGACAUCGAGUUUGACAUUCCUAUCACAUAUCCUACUACUGCUCCAGAAAUUGCCGUUCCUGAACUGGAUGGAAAAACAGCCAAGAUGUACAGGGGUGGCAAAAUAUGUCUGACUGACCACUUUAAACCUCUGUGGGCCAGGAACGUGCCCAAGUUUGGACUCGCUCACCUCAUGGCUCUGGGGCUGGGCCCGUGGCUGGCAGUGGAGAUCCCGGAUCUGAUUCAGAAGGGCGUUAUUCAGCAUAAAGAGAAAUGCAACUGAAGGAUCAACCACUGAGGCUGGACAGAGGGACCUUGGAGAGGCUGUGUUCCUGUUUUCCUGUCUCAUCUCACUGCUUCCCUCACACUCCUCCACCCACGAUCGUUACAAAGUAGCCGCAGCAGGCAUCACUGGGGGAAGGGAGAAACAAAACAAAACAGUAUUGCUGCUGCAUUUCUAGCACUACACAGGGAAGGGGAAGCCUGGGGCUUUGGAAAACCAGAAGUCCAGUGCUGGUCUAUAUCCCUUCCCCAAGUGGAACGAUGGGAGGACCCGAAGGACAGGGGGUGACGGAAAGUGGGCACAUGGUCUUUCUGGUUUCUGGAGGUAACUCAUCAAUAAACGCUGCUUCCUCUGGC